AUGGCUUCCCAACAAGCUUUGACCGAAAUUGCAGCCUGGGUCGACGAUCAGCUGGAAUUGUUUCGGCUAGCUAUUACGGAUGAGAAUUGGAAAGCUGUCGCGGAUAUCAAGACAUAUUUCUGUGCAUCACACGACGCUUUUAUCCGGGUGCAUCAAAUGAUUGUGCGUCAGGAUGUCAUCGCCGCUGUAAAGUCAACUCACUCCAGCUCCGGUCGGUCAGAGCAUCACACACGGGGCGGACGAACCAGCAACUCGGACAAGCGCAUUCCGAUUCCGCUUGAAGUUCGGCAGGCGCUUCCAAAACAAGGCAACCAGCAGAUUUGCCUGAGAUUUCUAUCUGCCCAAGGCUGCCGGAGAAAGAACGGCAACUGUGUAAUCAAGCAUCUUUGCCAUUUCAAGCCGGCAGCGCUGCCGGAAAAUGUACGCGACUUCCUUACCAAGAACUACGGAGGCCUUUCCGCAGACAUACAGUGA